AUGAUGAAACUUAGAAAUGAUGCUUUAGAUAGGGCUCGACGAUCUAAAAAUGAAGUUUCCAUAUUAUCCAAAAUCAUAGAGCGAGUCGUUUUUACUCAGCUCACCGACUAUAUUGAGAAAGAGAGGAUAUUACUGGACGUCCAAUCAGGAUUUCGUGCUGGGUACAGUGCGGCUAUUGCAAUGGCACAUGUCACAUUACAUUCUCAAACAUAUCACAUUAUCUCAAACAGCGAAAAGGGCAAAGGCUUAGGUUACUUGUUCUGCUAG